AUGGGUGCCGGUGCCAGUACUCCCUCCGCAGAGCCACCUGCGGCUUCGUGCCCUGUGGACCACAAGACACGCGAAAUUUGGUUGCAGCAACAUAAAAACUCACCACAUCCUCCCUCCGGUCCCUCCGGCGCGGCCGACCAAACAGAAGGGCCUGUCAAACAUCAACGACCCUUAUCUACAGACCGAGAAGUCAGUACGAUACCCCGGGCCGGCGAAGCAGGUGCCAAGCCCUGUCCUGAAGCAAAUAAAGAGCCACCGUCGCCCUAUGCCUCUUCCCCAUACGCCGCCUCGCAUGGCUUCCCGUCAAAUGCCGAAUCCGAGACGGGCCACGAUGAAGCCUCCGGUAACUGGAUCUAUCCAUCCGAAAAACAAUUCUUCGAAGCCUUGAUGCGCAAGGGCAACUCCCCGGAAUCCACCUCCUCCGCCUCCGAACUUGCGACAUCUGUCGCCUCAAUCAUUCCCAUCCACAACGCUGUCAACGAGCGCGCGUGGAAACAGAUCCUCGACUGGGAAGGCAAAGCCCCUUCAUCUGAUCCCGGAAGCACAAAGUGCGGAGGCCCUAAGCUGUACUCAUUCCGCGGGCUCGGAGUCGAUCCACAGUUUUUGAGUCCCCGCGCGCGGAUCAAUGGAUGGCUUGGCUAUCAACGACCCUUCGACCGACAUGACUGGGUUGUUGAGCGCUGCGGUGGAGAGCGAGUUGAAUAUGUGAUCGACUUCUACCAGGGCAAGACGGGAGGCAACGGGAAUCCAGGCGGCUUAGCGGGCAAUGCUGGCCCUGGCAAGCUCAGUUUCUACCUGGAUGUUCGACCAAAGUUGAAUUCCUAUGAAGGCUGGAGAAUGAGAUUCAGCAACUUCGUUGGCCUGUGA